UUUUAAAAUUGGAUUCCAAUACGUGACGGAAGAAAAGCUUCUUCCAAGUGAGGCUUCUAAAGGAAACAACAUGGAUAUCCUCUUACUGUCCUUGCUGCUGUUCUUUGUUACGCUGCACAAUUGUGCUGGCGAGUCUAAUCCACUGGAAGACUGCUUCAAGGAGGACGACUAUGACGAAUUCCUAGAGAUAAUAAGGAAUGGUCUGGAGAAGACGUCACACCCAAGGCAUGUGGUGAUUGUGGGCGCAGGCAUGGCAGGGCUCAGUGCAGCCUACACUCUCCUAGAAGCUGGCCACAAAGUGACAGUUCUGGAAGCCAGCAACCGAGUAGGAGGACGGGUGGAUACCUAUCGAGAUGAGAAAGAAGGCUGGUAUGCAGAACUUGGGGCCAUGCGUGUGCCUGAGUCACACAGCAUUGUCCAUGAAUAUUCUGAAAAGUUUGGCCUGAGAAUGACAGAAAUUCAACAGGAUGGUGAUAGCGGCUGGUAUUUGCUCAAUAACAUCAGGAGAAGAAUCCGGGAAGUCGAUGAGGAUCCCAGCCUGUUGGGCUAUGAUGUGUAUCCCUCGGAAAAAGGCAAAACAGCUAAACAGCUGUAUACUGAGUCCCUCGAAAAGGUUGCUGAAGAAGUGAGACAGACAAACUGUACCUACAUACUGCACAAAUAUGACACUUUUUCAACCAAGCAAUACUUAAUACAGGUGGCAAAUUUGAGUCGUGGAGCUGUCCAGAUGAUUGGGGACAUAUUAAAUGAAGAUUCAGGCUACUAUCUGUCUUUCAUUGAGAGCCUGAGAAACUCUAAUAACUUUGUUUUUUCAGACAGAUUCAAUAAAAUCGAGGGAGGCUUCGAUCAGCUGCCUAUAGCCAUUUACAGAGCCUUUCCGGAAUCAGUUCACUUCAAUGCCAGAGUAGUCAGGAUAGAACAGAAGGGCCAGACUGUCACUGUGGUUUAUCAAACGCUGGCUAAAACAUUGUCGAGCAUGACAGCCGAUUAUGUCGUUGUCACCUCCACGGCCAGGGCCACCCGCCGCAUCUCCUUUGACCCACCCCUCUCCCUUAACAAAACGGAUGCUUUGCGGUCUAUCCACCAUAGGAGUUUGACCAAGGUCUACCUUACUUGUUCAAAGCGGUUCUGGGAAGAUGACGGCAUUCGGGGUGGGAUGUCCAUCACUGACCGCCCAUCUCGAUUCAUCUACUACCUUGCCCAAAACUUCUCUGGUGGUUCCGGGGUUGUCUUGGCUUCCUACGUCCAAAGCGACGACUCUAUGUUUUUCCUGUCCCUCAGCAAUGAGGACAUUCUUGACAUCAUCCUGGAUGACCUGUCAGCCAUCCACCAACGGCCCAAAAAAGAGCUCCGGACUCUCUGUUACUCUUGGGUAAUAAAACGAUGGAGCCUGGAUACAUAUUCGAUGUGUGCGAUCACUUCCUUCGUCCCUUACCAGUUCAUAGAUUAUAGUGAGCCUGUCAAGAUGCCAGAAGGUAGAAUCCAUUUUGCCGGAGAGCAUACCUCCCAUUUGCAUGGCUGGCUGGACACCGUAAUAAAGUCCGGGCUGAGGGCAGCAAAGGAGAUAAAUAUUGCUUCUGGGAAAGACCAUGCAAGAAUGAAAGCACAAGUGAAAGGGGAACUUUAAAGAAGAUCUCUAUAGAGGAAUAACAGUACCUCGAGGGGCCAAGAUCCAACCAUAUGCUUCCAUAGAAACCUGUUGCUGAUGUUAGAAUGACCGCUUCCUCCCCUCAAUUACCAACUACUGGCUAUUGGGCAGAAAUUAGAAGCCUGGACAAAUAAAAUAACUACCGCCACUGUGAUAUUAUUAUAUCAGAGCUUGAAAAAAUUGAUUUUUUUGGACCACAGUUCAGAGAACCCGCCAACUUUUGGAAAUUCUGAAAGUAGUAGUCUGAAAAGUAAAAUUUUCAAGU